GUGUAUUGCUGCUGCAUGGAGACGGUGUGAGGAUUGUGUACCGAUCGCCGGGGCCAUGCUUAUCUCCCGGGACAUCCCCUGGAGGCGUCUCAACGGCAUAUCCUUCGGGAUAUAUUCGGCCAAGGAAAUCAGGAAGCUGAGUGUCAAAGUGAUUACCAACCCAAGCUACCUGGACAAUGUGGGGAACCCGAUGGUCAAUGGUCUGUACGAUCUGGCUCUGGGGCCCUCGGAUAACAAGGAGGUGUGCGCUACCUGUGCUCAGGACUUCAACAACUGCCCCGGUCAUCUGGGCCAUAUAGACCUCCCGCUCACGGUCUACAAUCCUCUGUUCUUUGAUAAACUCUAUUUACUGGUCCGAGGCUCCUGCUUUCACUGCCACUUGUUGACGUGUCCCCGCUCAGCGAUUCACUUGCUGCUCAACCAGUUGAAGAUCCUGGAGCGAGGAGUUCUCCAUGAGGUUUAUGAACUGGAAGCCGUGCUGAGCAGGUACCUGGAAGGGAAUUCCUCAGCAACAGGCAAUGAGAUUCAAGAAGAACUAGAAAGCUACACCAGACAGGUGCUGAAAAACCACAAGAAAAAGUCAGAGAACUUGACGGUGAAAAAUAUCUGUAACACUAGAAACCAGCUGAUUGGAGAGUUUUGGAAAGCUCAUAUGGGUUCAAAGAAAUGUCCAAGCUGCAGCGCUCCAAGAUCUGUAGUGAGAAAAGAACACAACAGCAAGUUAACCAUAAUAAUGUCCUCUAAACCGAACAAACCAUCUGAAGAAGAGACUGAAGAGAAGUUGAGCGGCUCGGAGAUGCUGAAACGCGGCUAUUUGACUCCGACCAGUACAAAGGAACAUAUCGAUGCCCUGUGGGAAAAUGAAGGAUUUUUCCUUAAGUACCUGUUUUCUGGAAUGGAGUACAGCAAGAAAUCUACGUUUGCUUCGGACAUAUUUUUUCUAGAGCUUCUUGUGGUUCCUCCUGCAAGGUUCCGUCCCGUCAAUCGCCUGGGGGACCAGAUGUUCACCAACGGACAGACGGUUAAUUUGCAGGCGGUCCUCAAAGAUAUCUCGCUGAUACAGAAGCUUCUGGCUGUGAUGGCUCAGGAUCAAGUGGCGGCCCCGGAGCUCACAGAGAAUGCCCCCAGCAUGGACGACGCAGAGACCGAACACAUCGACCGCUCUUUCCUGACCAUGUUGCCGGGGCAGUCCCUCACUGAUAAGCUGUACAAUUCCUGGGUUCGGCUCCAGAGUCACGUAAACAUUGUCUUCGACAGCGACAUGGACAAGCUGAUGACGGAGAAGUACCCGGGCAUCCGACAGAUCUUGGAGAAAAAGGAAGGUUUAUUUCGGAAGCACAUGAUGGGCAAGCGUGUGGACUAUGCAGCUCGAUCGGUCAUCUGCCCUGACAUGUACAUCAAUACCAAUGAGAUUGGCAUCCCUAUGGUAUUUGCCACCAAGCUGACUUAUCCCCAGCCGGUCACUCCCUGGAACGUGCAGGAGUUACGACAAGCCGUGAUCAACGGGCCCAAUGCCCACCCGGGUGCCUCCAUGGUGAUCAACGAGGACGGAUCUCGUACCGUGCUGAGCGCCUCUAACCAUACGCAGAGAGAGGCCGUCGCCAAACAGCUCCUCACCCCUUCCACGGGGGCGCAGAAGAUGGCAGCCAAAAUUGUCUGUCGUCACGUGAAGAACGGGGACGUGCUGCUCCUUAACCGCCAGCCGACCCUGCAUCGGCCGUCCAUCCAAGCUCACAAGGCCCGGAUCCUGCCAGGGGAGAAGGUCCUGCGGCUGCACUACGCCAACUGCAAGGCCUACAACGCGGACUUCGACGGAGACGAAAUGAACGCUCACUUCCCCCAGAGCGAGCUGAGCCGCGCCGAGGCGUACACCAUAGCGUGUACCGACGAGCAGUAUCUGGUUCCUAAGGAUGGGACCCCGUUGGCCGGUCUGAUCCAGGACCACAUGAUCUCUGGAGCCAGCAUGACCAUCCGCGGCUGCUUCUUCACCCGGGAGCAGUAUAUGGAGCUGGUGUACAGGGGCCUGACGGACAAGAGAGGCAGAGUAAUCACCCUGCCGCCGGCCAUCCUCAAACCGCGUGCGCUAUGGACGGGAAAACAGGUGGUUUCUACGUUGCUGAUCAACGUAAUUCCGGAACAGCACAUCCCGCUAAACUUAACCGGGAAGGCGAAGAUUGGUGGGAAAGCCUGGGUGAAGGAGCCCCCGCGAGCAACGCCCGGCUUCUCGCCCGAUUCCAUGUGCGAGUCCCAGGUUAUCAUCCGUAACGGAGAGCUGCUUUGUGGCGUCCUGGACAAAGCCCACUACGGAAGCUCUCCUUUCGGCCUGGUUCACUGCUGCUACGAGCUCUAUGGCGGGGAGACCAGCGGGAAGCUGCUGACCUGCCUGGCCCGACUGUUCACGGCUUACCUCCAGCUUUAUCGGGGCUUUACUAUGGGAGUGGAGGACAUUCUCGUUCGGCCCUACGCUAACAUCAAGAGACACAGGAUUGUGGAAGAGUCGGCACACUGCGGUGGACGGGCUGUCCGAGCCGCCUUUAACCUGUCCCUGAAUGCCACCGACGAGGAAGCCCAAGGGAAAUGGCAGGAUGCCCAUCUCAGCAAAGACCAAAGGGACUUCAACAUGGUGGACCUGAAGUUCAAGGAAGAAGUCAACCAAUUCAGCAAUGAGAUUAAUAAGGUGUGCAUGCCUCUUGGUCUUCACCGGCAUUUCCCAGAAAACAACCUCCAGCUCAUGGUUCAGUCCGGAGCCAAGGGAUCGACUGUCAAUACGAUGCAGAUCUCCUGCUUGCUGGGUCAGAUUGAGCUGGAAGGCCGUCGCCCGCCUCUGAUGCCCUCCGGAAAAUCAUUGCCCUGUUUCCAGCCUUAUGACUUUAUGCCUCGGUCCGGGGGAUUUGUGACGGGCCGUUUUCUCACCGGUAUCAAACCUUCUGAAUUCUUCUUUCACUGCAUGGCUGGGAGGGAAGGUCUGGUAGAUACAGCCGUGAAGACCAGUCGUUCCGGGUACCUCCAGCGGUGUGUGAUCAAACAUCUUGAAGGCUUGGUGGUUCAGUAUGACCUCACGGUGCGUGACAGCGAUGGCAGCAUCGUUCAGUUUCUGUACGGAGAGGACGGUCUGGAUGUCCCGAAGACGCAGUUCCUGCAGCCAAAGCAAUUCCCGUUCAUCGCUGAGAACUACGAGGUUAUAAAGCAUUCCAAACGCUUGGAUGAAGUUCUGUCCAAAAUCAACUCGGAGCAAGCGACCCAGCACAGCCGCGCCGUCAGGAAAUGGAAAGCCAAGAAUCCGUGCCCUUCCCAGAGGCGCGGUGCCUUCCUGCUGUUCUCCCAGAAAAAGAUGGCUGCCGCGAAAGCAGCGUGCCCGGGCGGCGAGAGCGUCAACGGGAGGGAUCCUGCCUCGAAGCUGCUGACGGACUCCUGGUAUUCCAUGGAGCAGCGCGCCUGUACCAAGUACGUGAAGAAGUCCUCUCGCCUCCCCGACCCCUGCCUGGCCGCAUGGCGCCCGGAUCUUUAUUUCGGGUCUGUCUCUGAAACCUUUGAAGACCAGAUCGAGCAAUUUGGCCGCCAAUGGGAGGCGCAAACGAAAUGCGGCCCCGAGAAGACAAAGCUGUCCUUUGACAGGCUGAAGACCCUGCUGCACCUGAAGUGGCAGAGAGCUCUCUGUGACCCCGGAGAAGCGGUGGGGCUCCUGGCCGCGCAGAGCAUCGGCGAGCCGUCCACCCAGAUGACGCUGAAUACCUUUCACUUCGCAGGCAGAGGAGAGAUGAAUGUUACUCUAGGUAUCCCCAGGCUUCGUGAGAUUUUAAUGGUCGCCAGCUCCAACAUUAAAACACCCAUGAUGAGUGUGCCGGUGCUCGGGACCAAGAAAGCCUUGAAGAAGGUGAAGAGGCUGAAGAAACAGCUCACACGCGUGUGCCUUGGGGAGGUGAUGCACAAGCUCGACGUGGAGGAGACGUUCAGGAUGGAAGGGAAUUCUCAGAAAUACCAGGUGUACAAAAUGAAGUUCCAUCUAUUACCGUACGAGUACUAUUGCCACGACAAGCCCCUGAAGCCAGAAGAUAUUCUGCGUUUCAUGGAAAACAGGUUCUUUAGAAUCAUGUUUGAUGCCAUCAAGAGGAGAAGCGCAAAGCUUGCCUCGUUCAGGGAAGUGACCACUCGCAAAGCGACCCAGAAGGACUUGGACAACGAGGGAGAAGGCCAGGGGGCGCAGGAAAGCCAAGACGCUGAAGAAGAGGAAGCCAUUGUUGACGCGGAUGCUGAGGAAGGAGAUGCCGAUGCCACAGAUGCAAAAAUGAGAGGAAAACAGGAAGAAGAGGUGGAUUACGAGAGCGAGGAAGAAGAGCCGGCAGAGAAUGAUGAAGAGAAGGACGAAGAGACCCCGUCUCCCUCUGCCAACGCGGAGGAAGGAGCAGAAGACCUGUUGCCGCGCGGGGAAGGAUCUCUGCCAGCUUCUCCAUCAGCCGGACCUUCCGAAAGUACCCACGACCAGAGCGGCCUUUCCAAGGAUGUGGCAAUGGAAAACCGAAUAAACACGGUGCUCAGCCUGAACUCGGCGGUGGAAGAUUAUUCCUACGACACCGAGAAAAGCCUCUGGUGUGAGGUCACCUUGAAACUGCCCCUCAUGAAAGUUCACUUUGAUAUGUCUUCCCUCGUUGUCUCGCUGUCCAACAAUGUGGUCAUCCGCGAGACGAAAGGAAUAACGCGGUGUCUGCUGAGCGAAACCACCAACAAGAAAGGCGACAAAGAGCUGACCCUUAACACGGAAGGCAUAAACCUGCCGGAACUCUUUAAAUACUCCGAUGUGCUGGACGUGCGGCGUCUGUAUACGAAUGAUAUACACGCUAUGGCCAAUACCUACGGUAUAGAGGCAGCAAUACGCGCGGUCGAAAAGGAAAUUAAAGACGUGUUUGCGGUAUACGGGAUCGAGGUGGAUCCCCGCCAUGUCUCGCUUGUAGCCGAUUACAUGUGCUUCGAAGGAACAUACAACCCUCUCAAUCGCAUUGGGAUGCGGUCCAGCUCCUCGCCUUUUCAGCAGAUGACUUUUGAAACCAGCUUCAAAUUCCUGAAGGAUGCUACUAUGAACGGUGCUCAAGAUGAUCUGAGUUCUCCGUCCGCGUGUCUGGUCGUUGGGAAAGUUGUAAAAGGAGGAACUGGGUUUUUUGAACUUAAACAGCCCAUGAAAUGAUGUUCCGGUGUCAAAGUGGAUCAUUUCGUGAGGAGAGACGCUCAACGCUCCACCGGAAGGAGAGGGCCCUGGAGAGAACAGAUUCUGUUAAGCGGCUCUAGAGUCCCACUGAGGACAUCUGCAGCCGAAGUGCCUUACGUUUGUCAUCCUUGGUGUAGAUCGUUUAGACAGAGUAUUUUGGUGAGCUGCGCAUGAGGUUCACUGAGCAGCAGUUGCAUCUGAGCAAAAAGUCUAUUACGUAGUUCAGCCUCUUCUACAAGACAUCGAUCAGUCCCGUGAUCUCCACCAAUUACAUCACUUAGCUGACAAGCCCCAACGUCUCUAAUCCGGCUGGCUUUGGGCUGUUAGUGCCGGCACAUCGUGUAAAUGUUGUUUUUCAAUGUAAAAUGUACUUUUAAAAUAAAGUAUAACAUUCUC